AUGUCGCAGCAGCCUGUGGUGGACGACGCUACCGUUGGGGCAGACGAAGGCCUUGACACGGCGAAGACCCUGGAAACAACUCAGGUCCAGGACCAGUACAUCAAGCUACUUCUGAAGAAGAUAGCCUUGCUUGAAGAACGGCUUUCGAUAACUAACGACGAUGAUCGUGCGUCACAGAAAAAUGACGGCAAAUCCGAGGCACCUGUUGAGAAGAACGAUGCCGAGGAGGAAGAGGAACCCCGAUACGUCAUCAUUGUGAACAAGUGGGAUCCUGACACUGGCGACUACAAAGAUGACGAGAUCACGAAAAGUAACGAGAAGAAGGAGAUUGGACCCAAACCUGAAAGUCGCAGAGCAUUUACCUUUCGCAAGUCCACCAUGUUUCGGCCUCGUUAUAACAUUGUCGAAACAGUCCUAUCAGUGGCCCAGAUCGAAGCCGAGCCAUUGCAGAGGCUGAUUGGCAAAAUAACGUCAAAGCUCGGAGGAGACGAAUUAGUCAAAAGCAUCAGCUCUCCUUUUGAAAAUCUGGUCUGGACGUGGGCAGAAGCCGAAGAUGAAGCGAAGAAGUUUGUGGAGAGCGAGACGCCCGAGGAAAAGCAAGCCCGUAUCGACCUGAGCGAGCUUAUGCGGAUCAUCUCCACAUCUUCAGGUAUCCUACCUCUCGACCAGUACUUCAAAGAAAGAAACUUCUUCGAUAAUGAGAGGAGCAUCUCGCACGCAGCUCUGUGGACGCUAUUCCCUCCAGGUACCCUGAUCGUCUCACACCCCUGCCUGGGUGAGCCUCAGAUCUUUACCGUCGAUUCGUGCGAUUCUUUCAUUCUACGAGAAGAUCACACCUUCGAUCUGACAUGCUUCAGCUUCGACUGGACUGGCACAGAGUUUACCAGGGUACCGUUCGAGAUGAAGAUUCGCCACUAG